UCUGGUUUGAUCGUACAUGUCACAUGAGCCAAUACAACCAAUAAGCCAAUAGGGUAGCCAUGUUUAGAGACAUUGUUUGAAAAUAGAAGACCGCUUGUGUCAGGUUCUUUGGUUUGAUGCAGUGCCCACUAUUAUACAUGUGAAGUAUUGCAGUAAUUUCAUGAGGUGGAAAAAAAUGACUUUCUGAAUAAAUACAAUUUGGUGGAAGCUAAGUUGCUUGAGCUUCAUUAUGUCAAUUCUUUCAGCUGCAACUCAGCUUGUUGCAGUGCAACUUAAUUUAAUAGUAGAACAAGGAGGGGUAGAGGGGGAGGAAGAGGGGGAGGAGGCAAUGGAGGACGCUGCAAGACCACAUGUGCACCAAGAAGGCACCCACCGCCGGCUUCGCAGGCCGAGAGUGUUCAAGCCGAGGACAAAUUUCCUGGACAUGUCGGACCAGGAAAUGCUAAAGAGAUUUCGCCUUGACAGAGCUGCCAUUCUGGAACUUGGUGACAUUUUAAAGGGAGAUUUGGAGAGUCGAACCCGCAGGUGCCACGCUGUACCUCACCAUUUAAAGAUCUUGGGAGCGCUAUCCUUUUAUGCCAACGGGUCAUUUCAAAGGCUUAGUGGUGACCGACUGGGACUAAGUCAGUCCACCAUCUCCAGGGCAGUAUGUCAGGUCACUGAUGCUUUGGUCAAGAAGGUGACUGAUUAUAUUUCCCUUCCUUUGACAUCUCAGCAGCAACUUAAAAUACAAAAAGAAUUUUGUGACAUUGCUGGCUUCCCCAGAGUACUUGGUGCAAUUGAUUGCACUCACGUGGCAAUCCGAGCACCUUCCCAAGAUGCUGACCUGUAUAUAGGUCAUAAAAAAUCACAUUCCGUCAACAUGCAGGUGAUUUGUGACGCGUCAGGCAUUAUCUGGAAUGUUUGUGCAAAAUUCCCUGGUUCCUUUCAGGAUUCUUAUAUCUUGUCUAAAUCCUCGAUAUACAAGAUCUUCGAAGGCAAUGAUGCCCCAGAUGGCAUUUUAUUGGGUGAUGCAAGCUACAGUAUUAAACCUUGGCUCAUGACUCCCAUUGCCAAUCUCCGGACCCAAGCAGAACAGAAAUAUAAUGAAGCUCAUUCCUCUACUUGGAAAGUCAUCAAGCGAACCCUUGGUUUAUUAAAGACAAGGUUUUGCUGUCUUGAUAAAUCUAAAGGUGUGCUACAGUAUAACCCUGAGAUGGUCUGUAAAAUCUUUGUGGCGUGUUGUAUGCUUCACAACAUUGCAGUCCGUCGCCGGUUAAUAAACGACCAAGACCAGGACGGCAUCCAUGCUGAGAAGGAAGAGGGUUCAGAUUCACAGGAGGAUGCUCCAGACCCUCCUGUAUCUGAACUGAAUACUGAAUGUGAGCAGGAUGGAUACAAAGUUCGUAACCAACUUAUUGACAAAUGCUACUCUUAAUUAUGUAGGCCCUGGAAAAACUUAUCAGAAGGGAGAUGGCUACACAAGCAUUGUCAAUAACACACAUUCAUUUCGGGCUGUCUUUAGCGACCUUCAUUCUAGACAUGACCCAGACAUAAACAUCUCAUCCCGAUUGCUGGGCAUGUGAAUUGUUGCUGAGCAUUUUGUACAUUCUGUUCCCCCACCCAAUGUGUUUUGCACUUGCAUAAUCUGCAGUAGACUGAAAAUGUGUUGCAUGUAAUGUUGAACGGGGUUAACUAUUGCCUUGCUCGCAUACCAAGAGUAUGUAAAAAACUAAACACUAAGGAAAAGGGGACCUUUGAUGCUAUAAUAAAGUUUUUCUAAUAUUAA